AUGACGACGUUGAUGGUUAGGGAGUUGGACUUGAUUGAACAAUUCAAAGACUUGAGUUUGGUGUGCAAGGCUGAGAGGGCUAUCCAGUCUUUUGAGUACCUUUUGAGGGCUUGCGUCUUAGAGAAAGGAGUGGCUUGGGACUAUUUUCUACCAUUGAUUGAGUUUACAUAUAAUAACGACUACCAUUCUAGUAUUGGAAUGACACCUUUUGAAGAUUUUCAUGGGAGGAGGUGUAAGACUCCUCUCUGUUGGCAGAAGAGUUACCACGAUAAACGGAGGAAGGCUCUUGAAUUCCGAGAGGGUGAUCAUGUGUUUUUGAGGAUCACUGUUGUGACUGGGGUAGGAAGAACUUUGAAGUCUAAGAAGCUUACUCCUCGCUUCAUUGGUCCUUAUCAGAUUUCCCAGCAUAUUGGAGUUAUUGCCUACGGUGUGGCCUUGCUACCGUCUCUUUCGAACCUGCAUGCUGUUUUUCAUGUAUCACAACUUCGGAAGUACAUUCCUGAUCCAUCUCAUAUAAUCCAAAUGGACGAUGUGCAAGUGCAGGAUAAUCUGAUUAUGGAAGUAUUGCCUGUAAGAAUUGAAGAUCGAGAAGUGAAACAACUUAGAGGUAAGGAGAUUGUUUUAGUGAAGGUGGUCUGGAGAGGACCUGUUGGAGGAAAUUUAACUUGA